AUUGCAUGGGUGUCUAUACCCAUGUGAUCCAGUUCAGGCAAACGCACUGCGUUUAUGAUCUGCUUUUGGGGAAUCGUUAACUUUCCAUUGGCACCCGCAGAGAGCACAGUGUGAUUGCUAUGCGGAGAAACAGGUGUGGUCAGGGGCGGACUGACCGUUUGGAAACUUGGGCACUGCCUGAGGGCCUGGGGUCAGUAGGGGGACCCAUGAGAUGCCCCUGGUACCUUUUUCAUAGGCUUUUUUGAGUUUGGGCAAAGACACAGGGGCCCCAUGAUCCCCUAUUGCCCGAGGGUCCCAUGA